AUGUACAAGGUUAUUACUUUGACUAUUCUAGUUGUGUUCUGGGGUACAGUGGCGCAUACUCGUAAAGUUAAUAUUCAAUCAAGCCAUAUUAGACGUUUUUCAUUGCCAUUGAAACAAGACAAUAAUGCUAACGAUCUCUGUCGAGAUUGUGUUGACACAUUUGAUACCUUAAUCUAUUUAAUUCUUGAUGGUAUUAUUGAAGUGGGUAUUAUAAAUACAUGUGAUGAUAUAUGUGAUUAUGUUACUGCAAAGUCAGGAUCACCUGUUUUAUAUGCUAUUUGUGCAGUCGGUUGUGAUGCACUGGGAGUUAACGAAUUUAUUAAAAUAGCUAAAGAAGUUGAUCUUGAUCCAAUCUAUUUUUGUGAAUCAUUAAAAAUUUGCCCAAUAAAUGAUAACGGUGAUGCUAAAUUUAAAUCAUUCUCUAUUUUACCAUCGCAUGCUCCAGUUUAUAGUACAUUUGUUAUUGAUUUUGCUUAUGAAUCUGUUAAUGGAACUGGUACUGGUCAAUUAGUAAUUAAUAUUCAAACUCUUGAUUUCAUUGAAAUCACUACUACUUUUUUGAUUGAAUCACUUAAACCAGGUAGGUAUGCUGAACGUAUUACUGUUGAUGCAAGUCCAGAUCCAACGUGUGAUCCUGGUACCGAGGAAUGUGAACAAUGGUAUCCAGGAGUAUAUAAUGUUACAGUCAUGGUUUGUAAUGGAGAAUGUGGCUCACAUCAUCCUCAUAAUCUAACGAAUCUUGAAUUUACUGCGACGGAAACUAUUACGCGUAAUAAUGGUCAAAUUAAUCAAAUUCAUUAUCAAUUUGAAGAAUUUACUGUUAAAAAUGUGUCUCUUGGUAUAACAAAUAAACAAGAACGACUUACAUUAUCAUUCGAUAAUUUUGUUCCUGUUUUACGUCCAUUUAUAAUGGGAUAUUAUCAACAUGAUGAAUUGAAACAAGCAUUUCAAGUUUUAGAUAGAGACUGUUCUGGAUCUAUUCAUAUUGAUGAAUUGACAAGGUUUUUACCAAUUAUUAAUGAAUAUACAACAAGUGAUACUUUGAAAAAUUAUAUUAGAAAAGUUGAUAUAAAUACUGAUGGAAAUUUAAAUUAUGAUGAAUUUAGGUCCCUUGUAUUAAAAGGUAUUGGACGGGAUGUUAUAUGUAAUCAUAUAUAA